CAUCGUUCGCACAUGUUUUCAAAAUCAAGCAGAAAUAAAAGUGAAUUUAAUUAAAAAUGAAGCUAGAAAAGCCUAAAAUAAAUACCUCAGUGUUUGAGAAUUUCUCAAAAUUAACAAAUGAAGACGAGAAUGUUCGAAUAUCAGGUGCUCAUUCCUUAAUCCAGCAAAUGGAAAAAUUGACAACCGAAAAGGAAUUAUCCUAUGCAGUUAAGCGAUUAAUUAGAGGAACUGGUUCCUCAACAUCAAACUCGAGAAUUGGAUUUUACACAGCUUUUUGUGGAUUAUUGUCGGCGAAUGUUGAAAAUGUGCCAAAAGUAUCAGAAAUCUUCGAGAUCAUGGCUAAAGAGUUUAAGGAAGACAGGAAGGGACUUGAUUCUAUCAUUGGAGAAGCAUUAAUUUGUGGAGCAAUUAUCAGAUCAGAAAAAAUGCUUGGAAGUUCCAGUGAAGAAGAGAUUCAAGAAAUUGUCAAGCACUUAACUAGCUGUUCCACAAAACCAUCAGUUGCACCUUUAGCAUACAACUUCCUCGCAGAAUUAGUCACAAAAGUAAGCUCAGAUACAGUAAAGUCUUCAGUAUGGCCCAAUAUUUCAAGUCAUUUGAAUGUACCUAAGGAUAAGAUUACAAUAAAUCCUACAUACUUGUUAUUGCUCAUUGAGGAUCAUCAUCCAGCGACGAUAGACAAGAUAUUCUAUAAACGGAAUUGGCAAAGCGAUAAGAUUCUUUGUUCACAGAAUUUGGACAUUUUUGUAAACCUUUUAUGGAAAAUGGAUAAAAUUAGCUUAGUUAACCAUCCAAUUUACGUUUAUUUCAUCAAACGAUUGAUUGAUCUGAAGUUAUUAAAGGCUUUUUGGCCAAAUCAUGUUGAGACUCUCCUUGUAAAAUCCAAGAACUCAAAAUUAGUGGACAUGAUUACAAUUAAUUGUGCUAUUUUCAUCCUUAAAAGUUUAGAUGAAAAGCCAAAAGAAGUGCUUAAUCUUUUAACUCCAAACUUUCUUGACAUGCUGUUCAUUCAAAGCAGUAAAGUAGCUAAAGAUGAAGACAUUCAAGAAAUUCACAAAGAAUUUUAUGACCUUUUGGAUCAACGUCUGUCAAAUCUCAAGAAUGAUUCACAAAAACUUCAAGCAUUAAAGCUAUUUAAGCAUCUUUCAGUUGAGAAGAAUUCAAUCAAGAAAUUCAUCACAAAUCUUGUAAAUUCAUUGGAACUUGAUGGACUUACUGAAGCUGUAAGUUAUAUUAAGGCAGCAGUAACAAAUCUUGAAUCAGAUGAUAAGGAGAGACAGUAUGCAGCAACGAUUGUUCAAAAGAUUUUAAUGACUAAUAAAUUAGUGUCAAAUAAUCCAGAAUGGCGCAUUGAACAACUGAAUUUCUUUGCUAAUAUUGCAUUCUUAAAGUCUAAGGAUGGUACGGAAGUGACGAAUGAAGAUAAUUAUACAAAUAGUAUUGCUGCAAAUGUCAAAAAUCUAUUUUAUCAUAGCUUGGAGCAUAAAUAUCCGAAAAUUGAGGACGAAAAGAAAGUUUUGAUGGGAGUUAUUAAUCAUAUUAAUGAAUAUGUAGUCAAGGAUUCCGGAAAGUACUUCCAAAAGCCACUUGAAUCAAACUGCUCAGAUAUUUGGACUAAAAUGUUCGAAGAAGUCUCAACAAAGCCUGACAAAAAGGAUAAAAAGUUGAAAAAUGUUUUUCACGUCUUAUUAAUGCACAUGGGAUUGCAGCUAUUUAAUAACAGUGAAGUCGCUGAAAAUGCCAUUAGUGAGCUACUUGCUGUACUAGAUCGUGCAGUAAUGAAAAAGAAAAAAAGUGAUGAAAAUGAACCUGAAUGGAUUGAAGUUGUUGUGGAUUUAUUCCUGACACUUUUAUCACAAGAGUCUUAUGUCCUAAGAAAAGUUAUUCAGCAUGUAUUUCCGUCACUUUGUAGUGCAAUUAAUGUAUCUGCAUUCCAUCAAAUUCUUUCAAUGUUGGAUAUAAGAAAUAAAGAAAAUCCGCUUCAAAUUAACGAUGAUGAAAGUGUUGAGGAAAUUGACGACGACGAAGAGGAACUAGAUGAAAAUGGAAUCGAUGAAGAAAUUGACGAGGAAACAGAAUCAGAAGCAUCUGAUGUUGACAUGAUUAGUGACGAAGAAAAUGAUGAAAAUGCUAUUCAAGAUACAGUUCGUUUAGCUGUACAAAAUGUUUUAAUGGAAAAUGGCGAUGACAAUGAUAAUGAAGAGGAUUCAGACAUCGAUGUCGACAAAAUAUCACCAGAAGAAGGUAAGAGACUUAAUGAAGCUCUUGGAAAUGCCUUUAAAAUGCUCAUUGAACAUCGAAAUUUAAAGAAAAAGAAAAAGACAAAGUCUGUUUUAAUGGCAGAUAAAGCACUGCUUCAUUUUCGUAUGCGUAUCCUUGAUCUUGUCGAAAUUUACCUCAAGAACAGUCCACAGAUUGAAAUAUGCUUGGAAAUUCUUCUAUUCUUCUUUGACUUGAUGCCAAUAGCAAUUGCACAGCCAGAAAUAAAAGCACGAUUUGAAAAGAUUUUCGUACAGCUUAGUCAAUUGAAAACAUUCAGUUUAGAGACUGUUCAAAAUGUCACACAAAAGAAUUUGGCUGAAACAUUUACGAAUGUACUUGAGAAAACAUCGAGAGAAAAAACAAACAUCCAGCAACAAAACUAUUUCAAGCAUACGUGUGUCUUUAUCAUUUAUUCAUCACACAUUCUGCAAAAGUUGUCUAAUGACGAGGACGAUGAAGUUCUAAAGACUAUAAUUGAGCACAUGACACAAUUUAUAAGUCAUCGCAAUCCAAUCCUUCAAUUAACGACAUUCAUGAAGAUCCUGUCUAUUCAAUGGCCUGGAAACUUUAAAUUAGCUAGAAUGAUUAGUGAUGAUGGCUUAAAACCAGCUAUUCGGUCAUUACGAAGAAUUCAGUCACUUCAAAUGCUUAGAGAAUUUUUCAAAAAUCACUUCCUUUUCCAACAGAACCAGAAAAGAGCAACAAAAUAUUUUACGAGAAUUUUUGAUCAUUUGAAAAGUUAUGCUGCUGAUGUCAAUGACGUUCCCCAGCCAGAAUUCUUCGAGUUGGUUCAUUUCAUGAAGGCAAUGAAGAAUGUUAAGGAUUUUACAGCCAAGGAUGAACUUAUUGUAGCUAUUCAGAAGUUCCGUAAACAUUUGAUCCUGAAACAAAAUAUAUUAAAUGCAUACCGUGAUCUUUGCAAUAGCAUGAAGUUUGAGUUUAUUCCUAAUGAUAAAAUCGAUCCAUCAGCCGUGAAGCAAAGCAAUGAUCAAGAAACGACAGUUGUCAAGAAUGGAGAUGGAAAGCGCAAGCAAUCAAAAAGUAAUAAAAAGGAGAAGAAAUUGAAAAAGAUUCAGGAAUUAGAGGAAGCAUCGAAGGGACUUGACACCAGCUUUUCUUUUGCUUAAGAAACUUUCUUCUCUUGUUGAAAUUGUAAUAUUAUUAAAGCAAAAUGUAUAUCAAUAAAAAUGUUUGAAUUAAAUUUGAGAA